AUGGCUACCGCUCAGGCCGAGAAACCAGCCACCAAAACCUUUGCUAAUGAUCCUGAUGAUGUCUCCGACUACGAUUCCGAGGAUGACUAUUCUGACGACGACACCCAACAAAAGCCUCAACAACAGCAACAACAACAACAACGCCGUCGUCGUCGUCCCCGGCAGCAAGACCCCAACGAUGAAGACGAUACCUACUACUCUGAUGAGUACUCGGAUGACUACGAUGACUACGACGACGAAGAUGAUGACUAUUACGACGACGAGGAAGAAGAAGUCCAGGCCAUGGAACGCUACCAGCCCACCACCAUCAGCAGCCGCGACAAUGUGCCGGCACAACCGAUCGCAAACGGCGGUAUGCAAGAAGCGGAAGGUAAAACCGGCGAUGACUGGGAGGAUCAAGACGGAAUGAAAUUGAAAUUGGAAUUGAACUUGGAUAUUGAAGUCGAACUAAAGGCUCAUAUUCAUGGUGACUUGACGUUGUCGUUGCUCGCAUGA